CAACAAUAAUCUCAAAAUUUUGAUUGAAGCAAAGCUGGCCUGAGAGCUGCAGAGACCGUAAAGCUGCGGGCUCAGGCCAGUCAAUUCACAUGCAGAAGGCCGGGAGAGAGGCUGAAGCCGCUGACCUUAACCGCGUGCAUGCACGUGAAACGUGUUUGUAUACAUUCUCCUUCACUUCAACGAAACACAAAGACCUGCAGGAAGACCUCGUCCAAAGUCUCUCUCUCUCUCCCCGAAUAUUCAUGGCAGUUAUUCUUUCCUUUUCACUCAUAACUUUGGUGACACUUCUUUAUUUUCUCAAACUUACCCUAUAUAUACAUUCCACCUAAUCCUCAGCCUUCAUAUAUAUGUGUGUGUGUAUAUAUCGCCAAUGUAAGCAUACAGAAACGACUAGAGACGUUUUAUAUUCUCAAACACCAAGUCCAAGUCUUCGUUUCGACCGGCCGGUUUCUGCGUUUCUGAGGUGACCAGUUUCUGUGUGGCAGUCGCGAGACUCCUCAGUUGCGGGCAUGGAUAUUGCAGUCUCGAAACGGAGGAGGAACUUUUCCAGCAAAUUUAUCGCGGCUGCCGGCCUAAUCACCCUCUGCAUUGUCAUGUUCAAGCAGUCACAUGAUUCUAGCAGUCUCAAAAAGUUCUCUUAUCAUGAAGCAGGGAUCACUCAUGUCUUUGUCACAGGAGGAGCUGGCUACAUAGGCUCUCAUGCUGCACUUAGGCUCUUGAAGGACUCAUACCGUGUAACGAUAGUGGACAAUCUCUCUCGAGGAAACAUCGGUGCUGUUAGGGUUCUUCAACAGUUGUUUCCAGAACCCGGGAGGCUUCAGUUCAUAUACACUGACCUCGGAGAUGCAAAAGCUGUCAAUAAAAUCUUCUCGGAGAAUGCAUUUGAUGCUGUCAUGCAUUUUGCAGCUGUUGCUUAUGUUGGUGAAAGUACACUCGAGCCUCUUCGAUACUAUCACAAUAUCACAUCAAAUACCCUGUUGGUUUUGGAGGCAAUGGCAGCACACAAUGUAAAAACAUUGAUCUAUUCUAGUACUUGUGCAACUUAUGGUGAACCUAGGAAGAUGCCGAUCACUGAAGAAACCGAGCAAGUCCCAAUCAAUCCAUAUGGAAAAGCAAAGAAGAUGGCAGAAGAUAUCAUACUAGAUUUCUCCAAAAACUCAAACAUGGCAGUCAUGAUCUUACGAUAUUUUAAUGUGAUAGGAUCAGACCCGGAGGGAAGACUAGGAGAGGCUCCUCGACCUGAGCUACGUGAGCAGGGACGAAUAUCUGGUGCCUGUUUUGAUGCCGCUCGAGGGAUUAUUCCUGGACUGAAGGUCAGAGGAACAGACUAUGAUACAGCUGAUGGUACUUGUGUGAGGGACUAUAUUGAUGUCACUGACCUGGUGGAUGCUCAUGUGAAAGCUCUCGCCAAUGCAAAACCGGGGAAGGUUGGGAUCUACAAUGUGGGCACUGGAAGAGGUAGUUCAGUGAAGGAGUUUGUUGAGGCAUGCAAGAAGGCAACAGGAGUGGACAUAAAGGUUGAAUACCUCAGCCGAAGGCCAGGGGACUAUGCUAAAGUUUAUAGUGAUCCUUCCAAGGUAAGGCAGGAGUUGAAUUGGACAGCCAAGUACACACUUAAAGAAAGCCUACAGAUUGCAUGGAGAUGGCAAAAAUUGCAUUUGAAUGGCUAUGGUCCUUCCAAUACUUAGGUUAAAAGAUACCAGAUAUAUCGUUGUGGAAGCCGGAUGUUGUUCCAUUGAGUUGAACAUGGAUUUCCUUUUACUUGGAACAUGUUGUAAAUUUCCAAUCGGCAAGGAAGAAAAUCUCUGGGUUCGUUGAGAGAAUGGACAAGAGUAACCCUGCAUGUGUUUUCUGUUCCUGUACUAUGUUCAAGCCCAGAAAAAGAAAAGGAGAGGAUUAGAUAUUUCCUUUCCGAUAUAUGAGUUCUCUAUUCCAAAGUAACACAAGUCGUUUGAAUGUAACUGAGGAACAAUUGAUAAAUUACAAAUGAAUUCUCUGUGUGAUUAUUUACUGAUAAA